GGGGACAGAGCGGCUUCUUCAUUCUAUCUCGAUUCCUUAGGGAAUCUAGGAUUCCUUAGGGAAAAGUUUCUACAAUGUUUUCAAAAUCUUCAACUGACCUACCAGGUUGCAAGACUAAGGGUUUAUGAGUAAAAUUUCGGAUUCAUUUUCUUGUCUUGAGUCUUCCUUUAAAUGAUCGGACACAGUCAGCCCGCUACCAGGUGCUGUCUCCUGAUGUCACAGGUGGCCGAGCCGCUCGGCGCGGAUUGUUCAUGCUCCUAUCUGGGGAGACCAUUUAGCUUGAGGGGAUCCCCACCACCCAAAAGGCAUGUGCUAUUCUGUGCAGUCUCUAGCUGAAUGCAGCCGUCCAUGUGCUGGUGAGGCUGUGGGGCACAUUCCCUGGAAAUGCUUUUAUCGUUUGCCAUCUGUGACUGACACGUACAGAAUGAUUAGCUUGUUUCGUCAGGUCUCAAGGUGGCCGGGAGCAGGCUGACUUCAAGUCCAGGGGUUGAGGGUUACCGAGGAAUAAGGAAAAUAGGAAUCUAGUUGUAUCCCAGGGACCACUAGUGCUGGGCUUUGGGGCCCACAGAACUGGUUUGAACUCUGGCAGAAGUCUGGCCUUCCUGGUUCAGCUGGACUGUUGCUCUCUACCGUCUACUUGCUCUGCACGCUGUUGAUUACAAGUUCUCUCCUCCCUGCAGCUUGGGGCCCAGCACUACCCGCCUCACCCUCUUCCUGUUUCCCAGGGUCCACCCCAGACAGAGUGACUGAGCUCUUUCCCUCCACCCACCUUCCAGGCGCUGACCCCUGGGCUAGGUGCUGCCCUCAGGGAGGGCUGGGCUCCUGCCUUCCACACGACCACCCUUUUGCAGCAGGGUCUACGGUAGGGUUGGGUCACUUAGAAGGGACUAUGGAUUGGGAGUACUGUGAUGCAGGUUCCAGCCAGAAUCGUCUGAUCGGACUUUUGUAAAAAUAAUGCUUAAUGAGAGCUUGGUAAGCUCUCAGUAUAUGUUGUUUCAUGUUGUCUGAGAUAUUUUAUCAAGGUUUAUAAUUUUUUGCAUUAAAAAGUUUAGGAAUUUAACUUUGCAUUCUUUUAAAUUGUGUGUUUGUGUGUACCCCCCCUCCCUCCCAGGAUGUACUUUAGCAGAAUUCUUUGCAGCAUAAACGCAAACACUUCUGUGAUUCUGUAGGGCAGGGGUUCUCAACUGUGAGACUGUUGACAUUUGGGGCCAGAUAGUUCUGUGUUGUGGAGGCCAUCCUGUGUAUUGUGGGAUGUCAGCAGCAUUCCUGGUCGCUAUCCACCAGAUGCCACUGGGACCCCCACUUCCAGUUGUGACAACCAAAAAUGUCUUCAGAUAUUGCCAAAUGUCCCCUGGGGGACAAAAGUCACCCCUGGUUGAGAACUGAUCUAAAACAGCAUUUCCCAAAAUGUACUGUGUGGAACCUGAGUUUAAUGGGAUAUGCAUCCAUAUUUACAUAUUAGUUAUUUUGUGUUGUAUUUUUAGUCAGUGUUAUUAUGUAUGUUUCCAUGUACUUAUAUAACGCACAUGUUUCUCAUUUAAAAAAAAUGUAUCAAAGAUCACGAAUUUUGUGAUUUUUUUUUUUUCUGUAUCGCUUUACGGCUGUGUCUGAUGUUGCAGAGCCUUUUGAGCAUUUAGGUUUUGAUAUUCCCUAUGUUUUUUUCAUCAUUCUCUGGCCUACCAAGCUUAGUGCUAGUCAGAUCACAGGGGCUGUGGGCAGAGGGAUAGUGCUCCUGGGUCCAUUUCUAUGGUGCUCUGUCCCUGAGCACACAGUGCCCUGGGAAGAAAGAUUGUCCGUGUGAAAGGGCUCUUGCUUUGAAGAGUUGGGGUUCUUAUUUUUUCCUAAAACCAUUCUUUAACUCUCAACAAGUCCAUCGUGAAAGUUUUGAGUGUCAGUUUUUAGUAAUGCCGAUAAUAGUCACCGUCUGAAAAGCAAGGGUGUGAUGUAAUUUUAAAUUCUACCAGCAGUCUACUAAGACCAUCCAGCUCAGAAUUUACUAAAACAGAUGCUCAUACCAUUAAAUCACCUUUGUUAUUGGAAUUUUGCUGUGACUUUAAUGGAUAUUUGGACCUUUGGCUUGGAAAUGCUUUUUUUUUUUUUUUAAAUACAGAGUUUGUCUUAACAGGAUUUAGUAUCUGAUUUUAUUUGAAUAUUAAACUUCAAGAGGCACCUCCUCAAACCUUGUUUGAAAAAUAGAGUGAUUUCUUGACGAAUGUUUGCCUCAGUAUGAGUUGUUGACUGAACACGUCCCGGGGAUGGGGGCUGUGAAGCCAGGAUGGAAGCCGGCCGACAGGUGGCUUGAGCUUCUGAGCCGUAGGCACUGAAGACUUCCCGCACUCAAAAUGAAAACUCCUUGGGCCGCAGUGACAGUUUCCUGAAAGGCCACAGAACCCGCUCCUCUCCGUCUGCUCCAUUUCAGGACAUGCGGCUCUGCUCUGCCGGUUGCUCAGACGCCGUUUGCUUUUGACUCAAGACGAUGUGAUGUUUUAUUAUAAAACCCAUUAACCAUGAUGGCUACACAGACGUUAAGCAUAGACAGCUAUCAAGAUGGGCAACAAAUGCAAGUAGUAACAGAGUUAAAAACGGAGCAAGAUCCCAACUGCUCUGAACCUGAUGUGGAAGGAGUGAGCCCCCCACCCGUGGGGUCCCAGACACCAAUGGAUGCGGACAAGCAGGCCAUUUAUAGGCAUCCACUGUUUCCAUUAUUAGCUUUGUUGUUUGAAAAAUGUGAACAAUCUACGCAGGGCUCAGAAGGCACAACUUCUGCCAGUUUUGAUGUAGAUAUUGAAAAUUUUGUAAGGAAGCAAGAGAAGGAAGGAAAACCCUUCUUUUGUGAAGAUCCGGAAACUGACAAUUUAAUGGUAAAAGCAAUCCAGGUUUUGCGUAUUCAUCUUCUUGAGCUGGAAAAGGUUAACGAACUGUGCAAAGAUUUCUGCAGUCGAUACAUUGCUUGUCUAAAAACGAAAAUGAACAGUGAGACUCUCCUGAGCGGAGAACCUGGAAGCCCGUAUUCCCCCGUCCAGUCCCAGCAGAUUCCAAGUGCCAUCUCAGGCACUCUCAGCCCCCAAGGAAUCGUGGUUCCAGCAUCUGCGCUGCAACAGGGGAACGUAACCAUGGCGACAGUGGCAGGUGGCACAGUGUAUCAGCCUGUCACAGUUGUCACUCCUCAAGGCCAAGUAGUGACACAAGCAUUGUCGCCCGGCACCAUCAGGAUCCAGAACUCCCAGCUUCAGUUACAGUUAAACCAAGAUCUAAGCAUCUUGCAUCAAGAUGAUGGCUCAUCUAAGAAUAAAAGGGGCGUUCUGCCGAAGCACGCUACCAAUGUGAUGAGAUCUUGGCUCUUUCAGCACAUAGGGCAUCCCUACCCGACAGAAGAUGAGAAAAAACAGAUUGCUGCUCAGACAAAUUUGACUCUACUCCAAGUUAACAAUUGGUUCAUCAAUGCCAGAAGACGGAUUCUUCAGCCCAUGUUGGAUUCUAGUUGUUCAGAAACUCCAAAAACUAAGAAGAAAACUGCUCAGAACAGACCGGUCCAGAGGUUUUGGCCUGACUCCAUCGCCUCCGGAACUGCACAGCCGCCACCCAGCGAGCUGGCCAUGUCGGAAGGAGCCGUUGUGACGAUCACCACGCCUGUGAGCAUGAACGUGGACAGCCUCCAGUCUCUGUCCUCAGAUGGCGCCACGCUGGCAGUGCAGCAGGUCAUGAUGGCGGAACAGAGCGAGGACGAGUCUGUGGACAGCACGGGGGACAGUGGGGCUGCACUCGCCCCCACCCACAUCAGUGGCCUGGUGCUGGAGAACAGCGACUCCCUGCAGUAGGGGGCCAGCGUGGCCCAGAACCAUGGGGCGGGCUGGCCUGACUUUUUAUAGUUUGCACAGCAAACAUUUUACACAGUUUUAUUUCUAAUAUGUUUUAUAUGUAGAUAGAGAAGAGUGCACUUUUGUAUUUCAUAGUAUGCUUCAAGAGCACCUUUGCUGGUGCAGCGACUUCUUUCAAGUGUGUGCGUGCGUGUGUGUGCGAGUUUUUAAGGAAAUUCUUUAAAGGUUUAACGCUAAAAAUGUGAUGAAUGACGAACACCCCUGUGAGCCCCUAAUUAGAUUAAGGAAUAGUGUUGCCAUUUUCUAAAAAAUUAUGCAGUUUUAAUUUAGUUCUGUGGUUGAAGCAGGUCUCAGUGGGCUGAUUUCUUUGUGUGGCCCAUGGAUUUGAAAGAAGCUUCUGCAUCUUAAAGCUGCCGGCGCGAGGCAGACACCGCACAACAAUAAAGUAGGCGUGACUCCGUGGUGGGCGUGCGGCGGUCUGAAUAUGCUUAGGUUCUCGCACAUUCCGUGAGCCUGUUUCAUUUGCUAUAGAUAAAAAGAAAUUCCUAUUUUUACCUUGCUGGAAUUAUUGGAUAAAAAAGCUAUUUUUAUAAAUUCGUUAUGAAUUGGAUUAUGACUAUGCUGAGGAUAAAAUUUCUAGAGAAGAAACAAUACAUGCUUAUUAUUUCGAUUUGGAAUGUUCUGAACCGACCAAAUUUAGUGAACCUGCCCCAAGUUAGCUAGCAUUCCAUGGUUCUCUGCCAUCCCAGGGUAGUGAUUUAUAUUUACUACUAUGAAAGAAACAACUGUUGAAUGAAAUUUUGAUACCUGCAAAUUUUAGUUAAUAUGUUAAUGCUCAGACUGCAUCUUACACUCGAUCUGAACAUAGAUCUAAAGGUAUUGCUAAAUAGGACUAGGUAAGUCAGGUGAAGUGGUGGCCAGUAAUUGGUUAACAGCUCUUACCACCUGUAUUUCUGUCUGAUUUAAAUCUGACUACAGUUAAAUGGUUACUCUGCCACUUAGCUGUGUGUUGUUUUAGGAUGUUUUAGUCAGCCAUAUGUUUGCGUAGAAUGUUUAUUACAAACUAAUAUAAAAUGUCCUCCACCCCA